AUGGAUGCCGAAAGCACCUGUUUCCACGGCCUGCGACAGGAAGUGGCGGCGGCCCUCCCCAAUGGACACCUGCGGGAGAGUACGCUGAGCGACGGCGAAUCCGAAGACGUCCUCCGCGUCGUGGAACCGAACGAUAUAUUUGGCGUCGGCCGCCCGGUCUGCGAUGACGUCACCCAACCGGUCUUCCAGGUGGUGUACGACCUCGACGGCGGCGAAGAGUCGCAGCUGGCCGGGGCCGACGUCAUCGCCGUCCAACUCGAUCCCUGGAGCUCUCAUCACUUCCUGUCUGAAACACGUGUCGUUGGCGAGCAGGAGUGCGGGGACACGCUCGCUCAACAUGUGGAGGGCGGCGGCGAGGCACUGGAGCUGACGGAGGAAGAGGAGAAGCUGUUGAUUCAAGAAGGCGUGUCCUUGUCGGACCACCUCCCUCUCACCAAGGCUGAGGAACGAGUCCUGAAGAAAGUCCGGCGCAAAAUCCGCAACAAGCGCUCGGCGCAAGACAGUCGGCAGCGCAGGAAGGAGUACAUCGACAGGCUGGAGGACAGGGCGGCGGCGUGUUCGGUGCAGAACAAAGAUCUACGGAAGAAGGUGGAGCAGUUGGAGAAACGCAACAUGUCUCUGCUGACUCAGUUGCGCCACCUUCAGUCUCUGGUCAAACACACUGUGAGCAAGGGAGCGCAAACCGGCACCUGCCUACUGAUCAUCUUCGUCUCGCUGAGUUUGAUCCUGCUGCCCAGUUUGAGUCCGUUCAGUCGCCGCGCCUUGGCCGACGACUACCGGCCCACCGGAGUCCUUUCCCGAAACAUCUUGAGGGACCGGGCGUCUGGGGAGACGCUCCCCUCAGAUCCGCCCCUGCCGGCGAAGGAGGCAGACCAGACGGGAACCCACGUGGAAGAAAUCCAACUUAAGCCAGAGGCUUUCCCGUCUAACGCCGCGGCGGGGAACGCUUCCUCCGAGGCGUCCGCCGGAAUUGCCGCCGAGUUGCCGCACGCCGACGAGAUGUAG